AUGACGGGAGUCAUGCUCAUCGUGUGCAUGUGUGGAGGAGAUGCCGGCUUCGACGGGACCGUCAUGUCAUCUGUUAACUCGAUGAAGCAAUUUCAGACCUUCUUUGGGUUGAGCAUCGCUGAGAAGUCCACUGGGAUCGUCUUUGGCAUGUACACCGUCUGUGCGUUCUUCCCGACAUCUAUACUCCCUGACAGGGUCGGUCGGCGCUGGUCAAUGUGGAUUGGCAAUCUAUGUCUCUGCGUCGGCGCCCUUCUCACCGGGUUGGCGCAGAACUUUGGCAUGUUCAUCGCUGGAAGAUUCUUGACCGGUCUGGGCUGUACUCUGGCCGCUUCGUCCGCCAAAGCAUACAUGUCCGAAGUCACCUCCCCAGCAACCCGCGGCCGAUGGAUGGGUCUCCUCAACUCCUUCUACUACGUCGGCCAGCUCCUCGCUAGCGGUAUCGCCAUCCCCUUUGGUCGUCAAGCCAGCGACUGGGCAUGGCGCACCCCCCUCCUCCUCCAGUGUGUUCCGGCUUUCAUCAACGUCCUUGGCGUCCUCUUCAUCUCCGAGUCCCCUCGCUGGCUCUACUCGCGCGGCCGCCACGAAGAGGCCAUCAAGGUCCUCGCGCACCUGCACAGUAGAGACCGUAGUACGGCAUCGCCUAUCGUUCAGCUCCAGAUCCAGGAGUUUGAGGAGAACAUCUCGCUAGAGGGCGCGGAUAAGCGAUGGUGGGACUUCAGGGCGGUCCUGAGGACGAGCGCUCACAGGUACCGCUUUGGGUUGUGCUGUAUCAUUGCGAUAUGGGGUACGCUCUCCGGGAAUGGUCUGAUCACUUACUUCCUGCCUGUCCUCCUUCUCCAGGCUGGUAUAACCGACCCCGAUAGGCAGAGAGUUCUGAACUUCGUCAACUCCGUCACCUCCUUCAUCGCCGCUCUCACUGGUACCUCCCUCUCUGACAAGAUCGGCCGACGCAAGCUCCUCCUGUUCGCCGAGAUCGCCUGCGCUUGCGGUAUGGCAAUCGUCGCGGGUCUGUUAUCUGGCGAGUCCUCUAGCCCAGAGCGCGCUACUACCGGGAUCGUCUUCAUAUACCUCUUCAUGGUAUGCUACAGCUUCGGAUAUACCCCGCUGCAGGGACUCUACCCCGCCGAGUGCCUUGCCUACGAGAACCGCGCCAAGGGUCUCGCACUCCAGACAUGGGUCGGGACACUCUUUGGCCUGAUAAAUACCUUUGGAAUGCCCGUGGCACUUCCGGUGUUGACGUGGAAGACGUACCUUAUAUUCAUGGUGGUCGAUAUCGUGGGUGUUGUGGUCAUCUACCUCUUUGCAGUUGAAACCAAACAGCUGUCCCUUGAGGACCUGGACCACGUGUUCACCUCGGCCAAACCCAAGCAGACGAGCUUCGACCUCGCCAAGGCGGCCAGGGAGAGGAUGAAGCUCGAGAAGGCGGCCGAUCAGAGGGCCUGA